GAGCUCGACCUGGACUCCAUUACUCGCAGAAAAGUCAAAUCCAAUCAAAUCAAAAUCCAACCCAACUGCGCCGAGGAGGACGGACCAACUCCGGCUACUCCCCGCCGCCGCCGCCGCCGCCGCCGUCGGCAGGAGGAGGAGGAGCUAGGUCGCCGCCCCGCCCCACAUCGAGGAUUAGGGUUUGCUUUGUGUUUGCCCGACGCGAGGAGGAUGGGGACCUCAUCGGGAGCCAACUUCCACCAGCAGCAACCGCCCCCGCCGACGUCCUCCGCCGCGGCCGCGGCAGGAGCAGCGGCGGUGGCGCAGGGGAUGCUGCCGCCGCGGAGGCCCACGGGGCUGCAGACCUCGCUGUCGCUAGCCUCCUCGGAGCAGGUCGGCUCGCCGGAGAUGCAGGAGCCGGGUUCGAAUUCCGACCAGGGGCACGACUCCGCCACCGAGAGCGCUAGCUCCAGGGAGACGUGGCCCGCCGAGCCCAACCACGGUAGUGCGGCCGCCGUCGUGGCCGCCUCCACCGCCGCUAGCGGCGGCGGUGGUGUUGUUGGUGGAAUUGGUGUUGGUGUGAGGAUCGUGGACAAGGAGAAGGAGGUGGGGAAUGGUAUCCCCAAGCUGCAGGUGAUCCGCGGGUCAUCCCGCCUUGAUCGGAUGUCGCUGCGGGAGGUUGCCCGGGAGAGGGUCGAUCUAGUUGCUGAGAAAAUGAAGGUGAUGCCGGAGGAGCACUUGGAGGACAUGAAGAACGAGCUCAGGUCGAUUCUGGAGGGCACGGGUGGUUCUCACCAUAUCGAGGAGUUCCUGUAUCUCCAGAAGUUUGUGCAGAGUAGGGGCGAUCUCACCCAGACCAUGCUCUCGAUGGCGCAUCAUGUGCAGCUCGAGAUCCUCGUCGCGAUCAAGACUGGAAUCCAGGCGUUCUUGCACCCCAGCGUUACCAUUCCUCAGAACCGCCUGGUGGAGGUCUUCUUGUACAAGAGGUGCCGGAACAUCGCUUGCCAGAGUGCCCUCCCUGCGGAGGAGUGUAGAUGCAAUGUUUGUUCUAACAGGAAUGGGUUCUGUAACCUCUGCAUGUGUGUGAUCUGCAACAAGUUUGAUUUCGAGGUCAACACAUGCCGCUGGAUUGGGUGUGAUUUCUGCUCUCACUGGACUCACACGGACUGCGCGAUUCGUGAUGGCCAGAUUGGGAUGGGUCAAUCCAUUAAGAGUGGUACUGGUCAUGCUGAAAUGCUUUUUAGGUGCCAGGCUUGCCAGAAAACAUCGGAGCUGUUAGGUUGGGUUAAGGAUGUCUUCCAACAAUGUGCUCCUGGUUGGGACAGGGAUGCUUUGUUACGUGAGCUUGAGUUUGUCUGCAAGAUAUUCCGUUUAAGUGAAGACUCAAAAGGGAGGAAGUUGUUCAGGAAAUGUGCAGAUCUGAUUGAAAGGUUACGGAAUAGCCCCGCGGAUGCUAUCAAUCCUCGGAUGAUACUGCAGGUGCUCCAAGAGCUCGAGUUGGAUUCCCCCAAGAGCACAGAAAAUGAAGAAAUAGGGCGCUUGAUCACUCCUCAGGAGGCCUGUAAUCGUAUUGCAGAGGUUGUCCAUGAAGCCGUUAAAAAGAUGGAGCUUGUUGCUGAAGAGAAAAUGCGACUCUACAAAAAGGCUCGCAUUGCUGUGGAGGCCUGUGACCGGGAGCUUGACGAGAAGGCCAGAGAGCUUCAGGAGCUGAAGGCCGAGAGGCUGCGCAAGAAGCAGCAGGUGGAUGAGCUAGAGAGCAUUGUCCGGUUGAAGCAGGCCGAGGCCGAGAUGUUCCAGCUGAAGGCAAACGAGGCCCGUCAGGAGGCUGACAGGCUCCAGAGCAUCGCGCUUGCCAAAUCUGAGAGGGCCGAGCAGGACUACGCCAGCCUAUACCUGAAGCGCCGCCUGGAGGAAGCUGAAGCAGAGAAGCAGUUCCUCUUCGAGAAAAUAAAGUACCAGGAGACCCAGAGGCCCAUGCAGGCGAGCGGCAGCGGCGCCGGCGAUUCAUCGCAGACGCCCAUGCUCUCCAAGAUUCACGACCUCCUCAAGAACGUCCGCAGCAUACCGCCGAAGACGGAGGGGCAUCAAUGAAAACAAAGAGCAGCAGAGCUGCAUACGAUUCAGGUUGGUGAAUCUUAGGUGUCCUUGUGCUGAUGUACUCCUACGCUGAUUUCCUUCGGUGUAAAUUGUUAGCAAAAGUCGUUGUAACAAUAUUAUUGGAGCUAACGGUGUGCUAUCGUAGGAUCCAAUAUAUACUUAGCUUCGGUGUUUGCAGUUGAGCAUGGAUGAGAAAUAGCUGAAGCACCCUGUACUCUGUAAUAGCCAAAAAAAGAACUUCUAUCAUGUAUGACCAUUUCUGACAUUGUUAGAUCGAAUAAUUUGUAUAAUUUGUGUUGUAACUUCUGUACGUAACCCUGUCAUUUACUAUUUGGUUAAAUGUGAAAUUGUGAAUCUUCAUGAGGAG